ACAAAUUUUUUAUAUGAAAAAAAUAAUCAUAAAAACAUAAUUUAAUAUCUUUUAAAAAAUAAAUUCUCUCAAUAAUUAAUAUUAACACAAUCCGUUAAUGGGAUAAAAUCUAGAAGAUAUAUACAAUGUCACAGAACAAACACAAACACCCACAUUUUCUCUCUUUCAACAGACAACCGUUAAAACAGUAGCGCACCUCAUCUCCAUCUCCUUUUAUCAAGAACCUUGGUCAAACUUCAUUUUCUUCACUUCACAAGUCAUGCGUUUGGGAGUUAAUUUUACGCAUGCUCUCAGCAUGCAAUGAAAUAAAGAAAAUGGCAGACGAAUCUUUAUCUCCCGGUGAUCUUUUUUGUUAUGAAGAUUUUCUUGGUGAAUUGGCAGUAGCAGAUGAAGAUGAUACAUACAUUGAUAUUACAAGCACUUAUGUUGGUGACCCAGAUACGGAAGACGAGUAUUUGACGUUGUUGGCUAAUCGAGAGCCUCAUCAAGGUUUUAAUGCUAAUGAAACUUUGGUUCUUGAUGCCUCGUUUAGAACUGCCCGCUUGGAAGCUAUUACAUGGAUUCUCAGAACAAGAAAAAACUUUGGUUUUCAUUUUCAUACCGCAUACUUGUCAAUGAUAUAUUUUGAUCGGUUCCUUUCAAGCCGUUUCAUUGAUGUAAGUCUUCUGAAUUGGAAAGUUUCAAUUGAGUAUCCAUUCUUCUACUUGUGGUUCAUUGUUUCUUGUUUCUUGGUAUCGCAGAGAAAUUAUACUAGGGUAGUUAGCUUGAUAUCUGUAGGCUGUAUUUCUUUGGCCGCAAAGAUGGAGGAGGUACGAGUACCCUCUUUACCACAGCUUCAAACAGAAGGAGUUACAUUUGAAAGCACAAAUGUUGAAAGAGUAGAACUUGGAAUACUGAGUACAUUACAAUGGAGAAUGAACUAUGCAACUCCCUUCGCUUUUCUUCGCUAUUUCAUAAUAAAAUUCUCCAGGCAGGAUUCUCCACCAAGGGAAACAGUAUCUAGGACCGUGCAAUCCAUUUUGGCUUUAAUGAGAGAGAUACAUUUGAUGAGCCAUCGACCUUCGGUUAUAGCAGCGGCUGCCACAUUAGUGGUAUUAAAUAACAGCUUAACAAGAACCACAUUGGAGACCCAGAUGAAUUCAAUUGCUUAUCCAGGAUUUCUUAAUAUUGAAGAGGUGUUUCAAUGUUACAAUCUACUGCAGCAAUUAGAUGUGGAAAACCUUCACACACCAAGAAAUGUAAAUUCGGCUAGUAGGAGUAAUGACAUCAAGAGAAGAAGACUUCAAUUUGAUAAUGAUGGCCCUGCUUAAAAUCAAGGGUAACUGAAUGAAACACUUAGAUAGAGGAAAAGAUUGUUUGUGAUACUUAGAUAGAGGAAAAUAUUGUUUGUGAUAUGAUUUUUCUUAAUGAUUUUGUUCUUUGCCUAUGGAUAUAAUUCGGAGUUGAUUGAAACUGUCUCCUCAAGAAGCAACCGAAGAAAGGAGACACAGAGAAAGGAAAAGGAGAAAAAGGCAACACUCUGGGUUGCAUAUAGUAAAAGCUGAUAGUGUUGUUAGUAGACCAAUGCCAUAAGGUGGAAAGAAGAUUAGAGGGCAGGAGAAAGGUCUAGAAGACUGCUUGUUAAAAAGUUGCUUCAUAUGCUUACUCACAUGUUCAAUUCUUUUUUGCAUAAUUUUUUAGUCAUUUUAACUUUCUAUCUGGGUUUGGGUUUAUAAUGUCUCUUGCAACCCUACCUUUUGAUGGGAUGCUUUCUUGUGUCUUUGAAAAGGCUGAUAGCAGCUUGAGGGCUUGUGAUAUGAGCUUGGGGGGGGGGGGGGGCUAGUUCUGUUUGUGUGGUUUGAUGAAACAGUGCCGCAUGCUAGCCAUCAGAAAAGCAGUGUAACGGUGGAUGUGAUUGCAUUUGCUUGAAUGUUUGGGGGUUGCCUUUCAUAGCGGGGCCUGCUUUAUUUGUCUCUGAAGCCCCGUUGGCUUUAUUGAAGUUUGAGAGGGGUCAUCAGACCCAAAAGGAAUUUCCAUGUUUGUGAUUAUACAUUGAUGGAACAGGUUUUCGCGCCUGUAAACUACAUUUUCCCAAGUCAUUUUAAGUUCCAAUACUGAUAUUAUUGCUGUGAUUGUUAUGGCUUUUCUAGUGAUGGUACUUGAUGCUGGUUCUGUAACCAAACAUACUCGUCUCAGCAAGGAAAAGGUUCUUUUAUGCUC